CGCAGUGCGCACGGCAGCCAGGCAGCAAGUUGGCAGGAAGAGAGAUGUCAACACUAAAAGGAGAACCGUAAAAUGACUCUAUGUUGGCCCGGAGAGAGCUGCAGUUUUUUGUAAUCACACCAAUCGUGCUCCAGAGGAAUGUUUAUCCUGGGCGUCGCGAUUGUCGUGGUAUGGAUCAUAUCGCUUAGAGCUGUCCGUCUUGCUGCACACAUUGUAGGUUCGUUCAAGGACUCUGGCGAUAGCCGCAGGGAUAGCACGCUCACCCCAGCUCUCCGUUAGCAUUCCUGCAGCACUGGGAGGUCACAUCGCAUGGUAGGUUUGCAGUACUGACUGUGUGACCGCAACCAUGGAGAAACGGCCCUUUCUCGCAGCGGACAACUAAAGUCAAACACAGACGGAGGUGAGGCGGGGUGGAACAUGCUCAAUACAGAGCGCGGUGUGGUGGAGGAAUGGCUCUCUGAGUUCAAGACAUUACCUGAUGCCCAGCUCCCACGGUACGCUGGCAGUCUCCACCUGAAGAGGUCCCUGGUCCCAGCCCUCUACAGGGUUAUCCAGGCACACCCCAACAGUGAGCUGUUGGCUCCGGUGUGCCACCAGUUGUUUGAGCUGUACCGCACCGCCGAGGACCGCCUGCGGCGCUUCACCCUGCAGUUCCUGCCGGAGCUCAUCAACGUGUACCUCUGCCAUGCCACCAGCAGGGAGCGCUACAACACGGGCUGCAUCGAGGCACUGCUCCUGGGCAUCUACAAUUUGGAGAUUGUGGAUAAAGAGGGUAACAGUAAGAUCCUCUCUUUCACCAUCCCCUCCCUUUCAAAGCCUUCCAUCUACCACGAGCCAUCCAGCCUGGGCUCCAUGGCCCUGACGGAGGGAGCCUUGUGCCAGCACGACCUGCUCCAGGUGGUCUACAGCGGCCUCCACCCCCAGAGAGAGACCUUCACCUCUCAGAACAGGUUCGAGGUGCUGUGCUUCCUCAUGCUCUGCUACAACUCGGCCGUGGUCUUCAUGCCAGCGUCCUCCCACCAGUCAGCUUGCAGGAUGAGCUCGAGGCUGUGUGUGUGCGGCUAUCCCCGGCAGCAGCUGAAGGCCUGGAGAGAGCCCUGUCACCGCGUGCGGCUGGACCCAGAGUUCAUGGUGCAGAUGCUGACUGCCGUCUACCACGCCAUCUAUAAUGGUGAAUGGGACCUGGGAUAUGAGGCCCUGGAGGACAUUUUGUACCGAGCGCAGCUGGACCUAUAUGCCAGGCCUCUACUGCUGGCCAACUCGAUGAAGCGGUCCUUGCCGCCUCAGCCUCCAGACGGGGCCCGGAAGCUUCUGCCGGUGGAGGUGACGCCGACGGGGAGGCGUAUCUCUCAGACGGCGGUGACGGCGGCCUCUAUCCGCCGACUCCGAUGGAAGAGAGAGGGUACGGAUGCUGAUGGUGUGAGCGGUGGAGAGGACUCCUUUGACCCAGACGAGGGUUUCUCCUCAGGAGCGUCGAGCAGCAGCCAGCCCAGCGUGAAGAAGGACGCGGCGGGCGCCACUCCCCGUCCACCACGGGAGCGCGAGGGCCCAGCUGGGAGGCUGCGCGACCUAGCGUCCGACACCAGGGCGGCGCUACGACGCUUCCACCAGCGCCACCAAUCCCCUCCGCCUCCUUCUCCGACCAAGGCCCCGGCGACCUCCUCCCCGCACGCCCACUCGCCCCGCACCCCAGAGGUCAGCCCAACGCAGCGUUACCUGGACCCCCGCUACGUGAUGCAGUUUGGGGCGCCGCUCAUCCGGACUGCCAGCACCUCGUCCAGCAAGUCGCUGGACUGCGGCGGCUUCAACGGCUCCACAGGCCCCAGCGCGUCGCUGGGGAGCCUGAGCGCGGCCGACCGCCCCCACUGCCUGUCGGCCAUCAGCCUGCAGGAGGACCGGCUGAGCCGCGGGGCCAGGAGUCAGGACCGGCUCUCACCAGGAAGCCCCUUCUCCUCGGCGAGUCCCCUCUCCAAAGAGUCCCGCUCACGCUCCUCCAGCUUCAACAUGCAAAUCAUAUCACAAGUGUAGAGGAGCCAAAGACCUUUUGGGGGCUCUGUGUUUUUGUGUGUUUGUGUGUGUGUUUGUGUGUGUGUUUGUGUGUGUGUUUGUGUGCGCGUGUGUUUGUGUGUGUGUGUGU